GGUUAGAGUUGAAUUACGUACACGGGACAUUAUUUGUGUUGUGAGUGGCAUACAUUCACACAUUGUGCAGCUACCAUACGAUGUGUCAAAUUGACACACGUCCGCUAACAUGCUCCUACGUAUUUUUUGUUUAACGACGUAUUAAUUCAUCGAUUUGUCUAUUGAUAUCGGUCAUGGAUUACAACUUAGAAAACUCCUCUCAGCCUUCGGUGGAAAAGUGCAUUCCGUUCCCUCGUUAUAACAGAACAAUAAUCACAGACGCGUACGCGGGCAUACCCGAGAAUUUACUGCUGAAUUUCGUGGGAUUUCUGCUUUUAGUUGCUUUAUUCGGUCUAUUACGUAAGAAGGCGUGGAAUUAUGGACGUCUCGCACUGUUGUACAAAUCUGAAAACAGAUGGAUGGAACUGUUCUAUGGUGCUAACGAAAACCGAGACACCGAUCCGUUGUGCGUGGAAGCUUCCGUUAAUUCUCAACUAUCGCAAUUGGAUCAAGGAUUUCUUUCGUGGAUUGUUACCGCUUUCAAGAUCAAGGAUGAUGAAUUAUUGCAGCGUGCGGGACCUGAUGGCUUGUUAUACAUUAUGUUUGAGCGCUGCUUAAUAAUUUUAACCAUCAUGAUGCUCGUUGUAUCUCUGUGUAUAGCCUUACCUAUAAAUCUUUACGGGACCAUGCAACCAGGAGACAGCGCUAUGUUCAGUCAUACAACAAUGUCAAAUCUAGACCCGACUUCUCAUUUAAUUUGGAUAUACACUAUAUUGCUCUUAUCUUAUCUACCAGUGGGCAGCUUUAUCAUGAGACGUUGCUUAAAACAGGUGCGAGAUAGCAGACCUUCUGGAGAAUAUGCAGCAAGAACAUUGUUAAUUACAGAUAUACCAAAGCAUGAAUGCACUGUUGAGAAUCUGAGUGAAUAUUUUCAACAAGCGUUUCCCAAUUUAACGGUAGAAGAUAUUACAUUGGCGUACGAUAUAAAACGUCUUUCGAAAUUAGACGAGGAGAGAGAUUGCGCGGAACAAGCUCGCUUAUAUUGCGAGAGUUAUUCCAAGAAGAGAGAACCUUUGAAGAUGUAUCCUUAUCCGUGCGGGCAAAUACUUGGACACUGUUGUAAAAAACAAGUGGACGCUCAAGAGUUCUACACUAAUGAGGAAUUACGGUUGAUGGCGUUGGUCGAGGAAGAAAAGAAACUCGCACUUAGCAAACCUAUUGGAGUAGCGUUUAUAACUUUAGGUACACCCGGUGCGGCUAAGACAAUGCGCAAGCAGCUGAGGUCUUCGCCUAGUAUUAAGUGGAUCGUGGAUUACGCGCCUAUACCAUCAGAUAUAUUCUGGGAGAAUUUAAGUAUUCCCAGACCGUGCUGGUACUUAAAUGCCGUGUUAAUAAACUUCUUUUUGGGAUUAGUAUUGUUUUUUCUUACUACGCCGGCGGUCGUGGUAACGAACAUCAACAAACUGCCGAUUACUGGAGAAAUUAAAAAUUUAAGCUCGAUAGUCUCUUCCUUUUUGCCUACCGUGAUGCUGGUCACGGUGGCCGCUACAAUGCCCGCGCUAGUCGCUAGAAGUGAAUCUCUCAUGAGGCAUUGGACCAGAAGCACAUUGAAUCGUGCUGUCAUGAGAAAAACAUUACUUUUGCUGUUAUUGAUGGUGCUUAUAUUGCCUAGUUUAGGAUUGACCAGUGCUCAAAGGUUCUUUUCUUGGACAGUAUAUGAUCGCAAUGACAUGACGCCGUGGGAAUGUGUAUUUUUACCAGAUCAGGGUGCUCUUUUUGUAAAUUACGUCAUAACCGCGGCUUUAUUCGGAUCCGGAUUGGAAUUGGUUAGACUGCCGGAACUCGCGCUGUAUACUUUCAGAUUGUGUAUAGCUCGCAGUCGGGCGGAAAGAAUAUACGUGAGAAAAGCGGUACUGUGGGAAUUCCCAUUAGGAGCUCAUUACGCGUGGCUGUUGUUGGUUUUUACCAUGACAACCGUUUACAGCUUGGCGUGUCCGUUGAUUACUCCUUUCAGUCUGCUUUAUCUCGUAGUAAAACAUUUGGUGGAUAGACACAAUUUAUGUUUUGCUUAUGGGCCGAGCAUUGGCGGUGGUCAGCUGGCCGGAGCGGCAGUUGGUGCUGCAGGAGCCGCACCAGUUUUAGCACAAGCUGCUCUUUUAGCCUUAGGUCUAGUGAGAAGAGGCCUUUCUCCGUUAGCCGCGGUGCAACUCACUGGACUCUGUCUGAGUAUUUUGGGUCUGGUAACUGGUGCUGCGGUACCGUUCUCGAAAUCUAAGGCACCAAAAAGGGAUUUCUCGGCGGGUCAAAAUUUUGUCGCCCCAGUAUUACGAAAGAAUCAGACAUCAAUAGAGGAAACUAUUUCAGUAGCGUCGAACUCGGAAGCAAAUUUACCAAGUUCGAGAAGUACCACUUCCUCUUUACAAUCUGCACAAGAAAGUCCAAAGCUGUAUCAAAACUACGGCAGUGAGCAGAGAGUUUGAUUCCCGUGUUUAUAUUAUAUAUAAAAAAUAAACACUCCUGAUAUAUAUGCACGAAUAUUCAGUAACUAUAAACUAAAAGAUUAUAAGUUAGAUAGUUAUAGUAUUUUAAUCGUCAAUAUUUUAUAAAAUAUACGGCAAUUGUGCAAUUUAGAAAACUACGGCACAAAAAAAACUAAUGUACAUUCUAAAUAUUUCUUAUACCGAGUCACACAAAUUAGCAUAUACUGAAUAUCACAUGUAAUUUAUAGCAAUAGUAGUGUGUACGGAUUUUUGUUCAAAAAUCCGUACGAUUCAGUGAACACUCACACGUUUGCUUUUAUUUGUACUCUUUUCUAAGAAAAUUAAGAAAAUAUUCUGGUUGUUUGUA